AUGCUGCGAAUUUCUCUAUUUCUGCUUGUUGCUUUCCACACAGCUCAGAGCCUACUAAUCUGUUCUUUCAAUGUGAGGUCAUUUGGAGAAGCUAAGAGGACAAGACCAGAAAUUAUGGACAUCAUUGUAAAGAUUAUUUCCAGGUGUGACAUCAUGCUACUGAUGGAAAUAAAGGACAGUGGCCACCGACUGUGCCCCUUUCUGUUGGAGAAAUUGAACGGUUACUCACGUGAACCGUACAGAUAUGUGGUCAGCAACAGAUUAGGAAGAAAAAGCUAUAAGGAGCAAUAUGCCUUUUUCUACAGACUGAAAAUGGUGUCUGUGAAGCAAACCUACCAGUAUCCUGACCUGCAGCCUGGCGACGAAGAUGCGCUUUCCAGGGAGCCUUUCGUCAUCUGGUUCUCCUCUCCAAAAACCGUGGCCAAGGAAUUUGUGAUAAUCCCCCUGCACACAACCCCAGAAAUGUCUGUGCGAGAAAUCGAUGAACUCUAUGAUGUGUACCUAGAUGUCAAACAGCACUGGGCUUCUAAGAAUUUCAUCUUCAUGGGAGACUUUAAUGCUGGCUGUGGCUACGUUGCAAAGAAGCACUGGAAGAAUAUCCGACUAAGAAAUCACACCCAGUUUGUUUGGCUGAUUGGUGACAACUGUGACACAACCGUGAAAGCAAGUACCCGCUGCCCCUAUGACAGGAUUGUGCUCCACGGAGAUAAGCUCAUCAAUGCCGUUGUGGCGAACUCAGCGACUAUCUUUGAUUUUCAGAGUGCCUUUUCGAUGACUGAAGAGCAGGCUUUAGCAGUGAGUGACCACUUUCCAGUAGAGUUCAGGCUGAGAACUGCCAGGCGGCCUCCCAGAUCGAGAGCAAGACGUCCCAGCCACGUUGUGCAACAGAUUCAGUGA